UUGUUAAACAUAUGUGCAUUAAUUUAUAUAUGUGCUCAAGAGAGGGAGAGAAUCCUGAAGGAACUAAUGGGGAGUGAACAGAGAGUUGCAGCUGAAACUCAUGUCCUAACGCUUCCUCUGCCCUUCCAAGGCCACAUAAACCCCAUGCUCCAAUUCUCCAAACGCCUAGCCUCCAAAGGACUCAAAGUCACACUACUCUCCUUCACAGACAAAGAGUGGACAAAAGCUGCAGAACAUGGCUCUGUUAAUGUCCAGAUAAUUUUCGAUGAUACUCUUUUUGCUGAAAUUACUGAUCAAGAAGAUACUGUGUAUAUAAAUAACUUGUAUGCUACAGUGAAGCGCAGAUUACCAGAAGUCGUUGCUAAACAUGGUGAGUCUGGCUACCCAAUAAGUUGCCUUGUCUAUGACUCGUUGAUGCCUUGGGCUAUAGAUAUAGCCACGGAGCUGGGGCUCCUUGGAGCUACUCUCUUCACGCAAUCUCUUGCUGUUAGUAACUUAUAUUAUGAAGUUCAUCAAGGAAAGCUAAAGGUUCCUGUUGAGAAGACAGCUGUAGCAGUAGAAGGGAUGCCACCACUUGAAAUCCAUGACCUACCCACUUUCCUUUUCGACUUGGAAAACUACCCGCUCUCAUUAAAACUAAGUGCUAGUCAGUUUUCCAAUAUUGGAGAAGCCGAUUGGGUUUUUUUUAACACUUUCAACAGCUUGGAAGAUGAGGUUCUGAACUUGAUGGCAAGACAAUGCGCAAUCAAACCAGUAGGACCAACAAUCCCAUCAAUGUACACGGACAAGAGAGUGAAGGAUGACAAGGAUUAUGGCCUCAGCCUCUUCAAGCCUGAUGUAGAAAGUUGCAUGAAGUGGCUGGACUCUAGGGAACCUUGCUCAGUAGUAUAUGUGUCCUUUGGAAGCUUGUCUAUCUUGGGAGAAAGGCAGAUGGAAGAAAUAGCAUGUGGCCUGAAAAUGAGCUGCCAUUAUUUCCUGUGGGUAGUCAGAGAAACAGAGAAAGAAAAAUUUCCAAGCAGAUUUUUGGAUGAGACAUCAGAGAAGGGUCUAGUGGUGACUUGGUGUCCACAGCUAGAAGUCCUAGCUCACAAGUCAGUGGGUUGCUUUAUGACUCAUUGUGGGUGGAACUCUACACUGGAGGCCUUGAGCAUGGGAGUCCCAAUGGUGGCAAUGCCACAAUGGGCAGAUCAAACAACUAAUGCAAAAUUUGUUGCUGAUGUGUGGAGGGUAGGGGUUAGGGUUAAGGUAGAUGAAGAAGGAAUUGUCACGGGAACAGAAAUAGAGCUACGUAUACGAGAAGUCAUGGAAGAAGAGACAGCAAUUGAGAUCAGAAAGAAUAGUGAGAAAUGGGAGAAACAAGCCAAAGAAGCAGUAGAUGAAGAUGGAAGUUCUGAUAAGAACAUUCAAGAAUUUGUAGCAAAACUAAUAUGUAAUUCCACUAGUUCUUCCUAAUAGUUCUCCCUUAUAUAUAUACAUAUAUUGCAAUAUCUCAGAUAUUGACAAAAAUAAAGGAAAUUUAAUUUUGGUUA